AUGAGCACCAACACAGUUUACUACUGGAGACUCCUGCUACUCUUCCUUAUCCAAGUUCAAGCCAGACCCAGACCACAGAACAACCUCCAGACUUUGUCCAAACUGUUGGAGGGAGAGGUUGAGCGCUAUCUGUUACAAGAAGCUUUGGAGGACGGGACAGACGGGACAUCUCCCGUUGGCACCUCGCUCGACCUGCAAAAUGGCCAGCGGAGCUGGAACGAGAACUUCCAGGAGCUCGGAAGCCAACACAGGGUUCCUGAUGGUUCCCUUAUCCAACUCCUCAGUGACAUUGCCAACAGUCCCUUGAGAUUAAAGACGAGAAGCAAGAAGGGGUCAACAGGAGGAUGUUUUGGAGUGAAAUUGGAUAGAAUUGGCGCAAUGAGUGACUUGGGAUGCUGA